AUGGCGGAUGAUAAGGAGUUGAAUUCGUUGCUAACGGUGCUCAACAGUGUCAUUUUGACCAGAGCGACGAAGGGAGGUGCAAAAAUUGUCGACAUUAAAAAGGAUUAUAAAGAAUUGUGUGGAAAUGAAAUUGACACGCGCAGGUUUGGUUUCGAUAGGUUGGAGACGCUGCUCUAUUCAUUUGGCAACAAGUUCCGCUGUCAGGGAGACAGAUGGUUUGGAGAGACGACGAAAGCUGCUGAAAGCAUUGUGCAGUCAAUGGCAACGGAAAAACCUAAGAAAGGGAAAGUGUCCCGUAGACCAACAUUCGACCGCGGUCCGCGUGGUGGAUUUCGCUCUUCAUUCAAUCGAUCAAACUUCGGCCCACCUCGCGGCUUCUCGUUACCUCAUCACAAUAAUCAACCUGCAAGGCCAUUGAGCACCAGAAAUGAUGCGCAACUUCAUCACAGCGCCUCGAUAGGGCCUCCUCGUUUGGUAACCGAACAAAGCCGUAGUUUGCUAGCUAAACGAUGGAUGAACGUCCAACGUCUUCGAAAAUGGGCAGUGGUGGCAGCAGCACGCAGGUUCCUUCUCGUUUCGGAUUUGGAAAUACGUCCUACAAUAUUCCUAGUGAAACCGCGUCUCUCAGAAGUUCGAGUUCAUCUUCAACGGAUGAAAAUAAAUCGCGAG